AUGUCCCCAGAGGUAUCGUCAGCCUCUUCUAGCGACCUCACGCGCCUACACAUCUCUCCUCUCGAUCCCGACCUGCUCAAGAUCGUCCUGCCAGCUUCGGUCGCUUCUCAGGCGCGCAACGUCUCCUACCAUAGUAUCGAGACUUUCCCCGAGCGCCGCUACGGUUUUGUCGAGCUGCCCGCCAUGGAAGCUGAAAAGAUCAAGAAGAAGCUCAAUGGCGCCGUUCUCAAGGGCACCAAGCUGAAGAUUGAAAAGGCCCGUCCUGAAGAGAGAGUUGAACCUACAGGCGAGCUCGACAAGGAGGAUGAGAAGAAGAGAAAGAAAAAGUCAAAGGACUCGACAGAUGGAUCGAGGAAGCGGAAGCGCGACCGAGACGUUGUCGACGGCGUCACCCUGACCGACCGCAAGGUUAAGCGAGGCUGGACAGAACCGGCAGACCAGCGGAGGAAGAAGAGCAAGAAGGACAAGGAGAAGGAGAAGGACGGCAAGCACACGGAGAAGAAGAAGCGGCAAAAGUCAAAGUACACGGAGCAGGAGGAGUGCCUGCUCAAGACAAAGGUGCCGCCCAACGCCGUCGCCAACAUCUCGGAGGACAGCCAGCCCCGGAAGCGCAAGAAGAAGGGCAAGUCGCGCGAGGUGACGGUCCACGAGUUUGAAAAGACGACAAAGUUCCCGAGCUUCUUGAAGAACUCUGUGCCCGAGGACGCGCCCAAGACGGCUGUCGAGUACGUCGAGGGCAAGGGCUGGGUGGAUGAGGAUGGCGAGGUGGUCGAGACUGUCAAGACAAAGAAGGUUGCCAAAUCUACGCCCAAGAAGUCGAAGAAGGUCACGCCUCCUCCGGUGGAAGAGUCGGACGACGACAGCACGAGUGACAGCGGCACUAGCAGUAGUGGUUCGUCCUCGGAUGAAGACGAGGAAGAGGAAAAGGUACAGAAGCCCAAGGCAGCGCCACAAAAGGACCAAGAUUCUUCCUCCGAAGACUCUUCCUCUGACGAUGAUGACGACGACUCACCUCAGCAACCUGAACACGCAACACCUCUCUCAGCCAUCAAAGCCGACGCCUCAAGACCCAUGUCCUCAAGUUCCUCGAGAAGCCUCACCAUCAAGAUACCCCCUCCCAUCACCCCCUCUGCCACAAAGGUCCACCCCCUCGAGGCCCUCUACAAACGUUCCAAGCCCGAUGGCGAAACCACCGAGACUCCUGCUAAAGAGCCUCAACCGUUCAGCUUCUUUGGUGGCGGCGGCGACGAUGAUGAUAUUGAGGAGGAGCAACACGUCGAACGCACACCUGCCCCCAUGACCCCCUUCACCCGUCAAGACAUCGAGUGGCGCAACGUUAGAAGCGCAGCGCCCACACCAGAUACGGCGCACCCCUCUCGCAUGCGCAACUUCUGGGCCGACGAGCAGGACGAGGACGCCGACAUGGCAGAUGCCCUGCGUGAAGCAGAGCAGGAGCACGAUGAGGAUGACGAUGAGCAAGAGACGGCGGCCCCUGCGCCAGGCUCGAGCGACUUCCAGGCUUGGUUCUGGGAUAACAGACGCGACCUGAACCGGUCUUGGAUGAAGCGGCGCAAGACGGCUGCCAAGGAGAAGAGGCAUCGGGAGAACAAGGCGAGGGCCAACAAGGCCGUUUAG